AUGUUUUGUUUAUUUAAUUUUCUAUCUAUAAUUAAGUGUGCACUUUAUAUAAAUCAGUUAUACCAAACAGGAUUGUUUAACAUCAUUUUAGUUUUGCCAUUUGAAAUGCAUUUUGAUAGCAGUUCUAUAUUUUUGUACAGGCAUACAGAAUUAAAUUCGCAUUUUUUAGUACAGAAAUUUGCAACGUUAGAAUACUUAAUUGAAAUUACAUCGAAAAAUAUAUCAUGUGUUUUAGGGUUUGAGAAAUUUAAAGAAAGAUUUAAUCAGAGAAAUGUAACGAAAGAAAAGUUUUAUUAUAUUAAAAGCUUUCAAUAUACUCAAUCUAGGUAUUUUGUUGAAAUCAUAUAUCAUUCCAAUCUUGUAGCAACUUCUGAUUGUUUUAAAAUAAUUUCUACAUUUGAUAACUUUAAAUGUUUUGUAUUGGAAUUUUAG